AUGGACUGGGACGACCGCUUCAAUCUGGAUAACAACGUCUCGUUCUUGUCAUGGAUAAGGAAAUACGAUGACGCACGAGAAAAGCAGCUGACGGAUUGGGUUGCUACAUUUCACCGAGAUCGCCUGCCUUGUAAGCUGACCUCGCACAAACGCAACGACAGCCGUGGUGCGUACAACUUGAGCUGCAAGGUAGAGUUUCAAAAUGGGGAGAAAUGGAUUGUGCGUUUCCCUAUGGUCGGAAAAGUUGUCAAUGCCGACGAGAAGAUCGAGAUUGAAGUAGCUACGAUGAAUCUAAUCCGUCGGCAAACGACGAUACCCGUCCCCGAGGUCAAAGCUUGGGGGCUGGCGGUCGACAAUGCCCUCGGAAUCGGUCCUUUCAUCAUGAUGGAUUUCGUUGAAGGCAUUGGUGUCGACGACGUUCUUCAAAACCCUGAUGCCAGAAUCAUGCGACAGGAUAUCAGCGAGAGAGCCAUCGAGCAGCUUGACUUUCUACACAUCGGGAGCUUAACCUCGAAGUCUCCGGCUGGCGAGUGUGGCUUUGCCGCGACGAUUCGGUCACGGCCCUUGAGUAAGAAGUCGCAUGACUUUCUUUUGGAAGGCGGAGUUAAUGUCCUUGGUCCUCAAGACCAGGUAUUCGCAUCUACGACCGGCUAUUUUCACCAUAUCGUUGACCAGGACUUACAACAUCUACACGACCAGCCCAAUUCAGUCGACGACGAGCACGAUGCAAGAGAGAAGUAUAUCUACUUCAACAUCAUGAAGGCUUUGAUCCCUCGUCAUGUUUUGGCCGGCCAUGACAUAGGGCCGUUCAAGCGUACAUGUGACGACUUCCAACCGACAAAUAUGAUCGUCAACAACGAACAGGAUCUCAAGGUCAUCGCAGUGAUUGACUGGGAGUGGUCAUAUACUGCGCCAGCCCAGCUAGUCAAUUCUACACCGGCGUGGCUGGUGAUCGAGUCCCCAAAUGCCUGGGCCUCCGUUGAUGAGAGACUUGCCAGGUUCAAUAAGCACCUGGAGUUGUAUACUCGGAUACUGGAGGAAGAGGAGCCAAUGGUCCUAGGGGAUGGCGUCUCCGAGGGCCAGAAGCCUUCGACAAUGUUGCAUGCGUGCCGGAAAGAUGGGCGUCAGUGGUUCCACUUCAUCAUCCUGCGUGGCUUCAACGGGCCCACUUGUGUCCCGUUUAUAAAGCUUCGAGAGGAGACGAAAGACUGGGACGAACUCGUCGCCGCCGUCCCGGAAGAAGAUAUCGAUUGCUUUGUCCAGAAGAAGAUGGCAGGCUUGCAGAAGUACGAGAAAGAGCUGUUUGAGAUGCAGGAACGAUACAGAAUGGCGCUAAACGGGGACUUGGAGGAUUUGGAUGCCUUUCUCCGCAUGAACACAGAAACGCUUGAUGUUGACGACUCGCGACGCCAGUGGCAGUCUUGGACUUGUUUCAAUCGGGGAUCUCUGCUUGGCGAAUAG